ACAGGCCAUCUGAUCCAGGAUCUGGGUCCUCAGGCCGAUCGCCUGCUGAAGGUCGUAGGCAGCGGCACGGAGGAACUGCUCAUCCAGCUGAGCGACCCUGUGGCUGACCUGCUGGCCGGACUCGGCUUGGUAGGCCUGUCCCAGCCCGUAGGAAACAUCCUCAGAAGCGCCUCCAGUAUCGGUGAACUGGUGUCGGAUCUGGGCCAGCCGGUCGACAAUCUUUGCAUCGUGACGGGCAAGGGUCUUGGUUUCUUUUUGAUCGCAUUGGACCACCCAAUUGCUGAUCUUCUUCGCGGGCUUGGCCUUGACGCGCUCGCUCAACCGGUGGGAAACAUCCUGAGCGAGAUUGGCAGCAGCCUCAAGCGUCGGACUGAUGUCGCGAAGCCGGCCGGGUUGCUCGAGGAACUGGCACCCGUGGUGGAUUGCAUCCUUCAAAUCACCGGGGAAGACCUCAAACCACUGUUGAUCCGGCUGAGCAACCCCUUGGCCCAGCUCCUCAUCAACCUGGGCUUGAACGAGGCUGGGCGCAGUGUGGGCCAAGUGAUCCGGUCGGCUGCGUCAGUUGGCGACCUGAUUGCCGACUUGGGACCGGUGGUGGAUUGCCUGCUCACUGUGGUGGGUGAGGACGGUGGCCUCUUGCUGAUCCAGCUGGAUCCCGAUGUUGCAGCCUUGGUGUCUGGCCUGGGAUUGCCGGCUGUCGGAGUGCCUGUGGGUGAAAUUGUCGGGGAGCUGGGCAAUGCUUUCUAA